AUGUAUCUUAGAACUAGGUAUAAUGAAUAUUUAUUACAUUCUGGUCUUAAUAAUUACCUAUUACUUUGUCAUUCAAAUUUUAUAGCUGCAAAAGCCCAGUAUCAUCCUGUAGGAGUGAAGCAAUUUGCAGUAAGAUUUUUUAGCCAUUCUGUAGUAAUAUCACAAGAUGAUAAGGCUAAAAUUUCUCUUGGUAUUUCUGCAGUUAGAAAAACUUUUAAAAUUAGAACUCAUACAUCUUAUCAUUUAGCUUAUAAUCCUGUUGAAUAUGGUAUGGCUACACUUUCACAAAAACUUGUAGAAAUAGGUUUAUCAAUUGAUAAGAAUAGUACUUAUUUUAAUUUUCAAAGUGAAGUAAUUAACCAAGAGCUUGCAAAAAAAAUUUUUA